CAGGCAGCAUCCAUCCCAUUAGACAUCUCUCAAUGACACACAAUGAUACUCAAAAACCCUGAGAGAUAGGAAUAAGUAUAUGCAUCUCUUAACAGCUUUGAGCGGAAAGUUUAUUUGCAGCUCUGUUUUGAGAAAUACUUCGCCGCUCCGAAGCUCAUUACCACCUAAAAAUGCAGCAAUCACAGUUUAGCGAUGCGGAUACGAUUCGCAUCCUCGUUGCCACUGAUAAUCAUGUGGGUUAUGAGGAGCGUGAUCCAAUCCGAGGAGAUGAUAGCUGGAAAUCGUUUGACGAGAUUAUGAAUUUGGCCCGAACAGAGGACGUUGAUAUGGUGUUGCUAGCCGGCGACCUGUUCCAUGACAACAAGCCAUCCAGGAAAGCCCUGUAUAAGGUCAUGCGAUCGUUGCGGAAGAAUUGUCUUGGCAAUAAACCGUGCGAGCUCCAGUUCCUCAGCGAUGCAACUGAGGUCUUUGAUGGCGGCUUAGGACAUGUUAACUAUGAAGAUCCCGAUAUCAACAUUUCCAUCCCGGUUUUUUCUAUCCACGGUAAUCAUGAUGAUCCUAGCGGCGAAGGAAACUUAUGUUCCCUCGACCUACUUCAGAUGGCCGGACUUGUCAACUAUUUCGGGCGUGUGCCACAGGUGGAUGAUAUUCAUGCCAAACCUGUCCUACUUCAGAAGGGGUUAACUAAGUUAGCACUCUACGGGAUAAGCAAUGUUCGCGACGAACGCAUGUUUCGGAAUUUCCGCGAUCAUAAUGUUAAAUGGUACAGGCCGAACCAGCAAUCGAGCGAUUGGUUCAACUUGCUCGCUGUCCACCAAAACCAUCACGCUCAUACUGCUACUGGGUAUCUACCUGAAAACAUGCUGCCUGAAUGGCUAGACUUGGUCGUCUGGGGUCACGAGCAUGAGUGCCUGAUCGAUCCUAGCCAUAACCCGGAGACUGGCUUUCAUGUCAUGCAGCCAGGUUCUUCAGUCGCUACAUCGUUAGUACCAGGUGAAGCUGUAGCUAAACAUGUUGCGAUAGUUAGCGUCACUGGGAGGGAUUUCAAAAUAGUCAAACACCGACUGAAGUCAGUCCGCCCUUUCAUGACCGCCGAGAUUGUCCUCGCAAACGAUAAGAGAUUUAAAGGGCUCGACAAGAAAAAAGAAAACCGCCAUGAGCUCACAAAAAAACUGAUGGGUGUCGUAGAAGAGAUGAUUGAGGAAGCAAAUGCCGAGUGGGAAUCUAUCCAGGAAGUAGAUUCUCUAGAUAAUACACGACCGCUACCCCUGAUUCGUCUAAAGGUUGAAUAUACUGCACCGGAGGGAGGCCAAUAUGACAUCGAAAAUCCACAGCGCUUCUCUAACCGAUUCCAAGGCAAGGUCGCGAACACCAAUGACGUAGUACACUUCUAUCGCAAGAAGACGGUGCAAAGAAAGGCGCCUGCCGGAGAACUACCAGAAGAGCUACUAGAGGCCUUGGAGGAAAUAGAAGAUAUCAAGGUUGACAAACUAGUCGCCGAAUUCCUUUCCGCCCAAGCACAGUCUCUAAAAAUCUUACCUCAAGCACCUUUCGGUGACGCAGUAAACCAAUUCGUCGACAAGGACGACAAGCAUGCCAUGGAGUCAUUCGUGAGCGAAUCCCUAUCAGAGCAGGUCAAGCAAAUGCUCUCGCUCGGAGAAGAUGGCGAUCUCGACAAUGCAAUGGAACAGGUCAAGGCGAGACUUGAAGAGAAGUUUUCCGCGGGCGUGCUAAAUCAGCCAAGAAGACGCAUUUACAAGCCGAAACCAGACGACUACGACUCGGACAUCGAAGGGCCCUGGCAAGACCGCCCCGAAGCGCUCGACCACGAAGCUAUGGCUGCUAACGCGGCGAAGUCCCAGCCUUCCCAACCAGCAAAACAACCUAAGGCUCGCGGACGUAAAGCAGCGCCGGUCGUGGAAGAGGACGAGGACAUGGAUGACGUUUUCGAGGAACCGACGCCUAAGCCAAAGGGAAGGGGUAGAAUGGCGGCAGCGGUUGCUAAGCCGAAAGCGCCCGCCAAAGCGCCGGCUAGAAAAGCACCCGCGAGAGGCCGCGGCAAGAAACAAGUCUUCGAGCAGAGCGACGAGGAAGAGGAGGAGGAAGAGGACGUGGUGAUGGACGACGACGACUACGAUCCCCCCGCGCCGCCGCCGAAACGCGCAGCGACGACGACGAGGGCUACGAGGGCGGCGCCGGCGAGGAGCCAGACAUCGAGGGCUGCGGCGCCUACUGCUCCGAAGAGCGCUGGCGCGAAGCCGAGGCAGACGAAGUUGAACUUCGGGUCCCAGAAGGCGACGCAGGAUGAUCCGCUCGAAAUUAGUGAUGACGAGAUUUCGGAUGAUUUUGAGUCGGUGCCGACGACGAGGACUCGGAGACGGUGAUGAUGAGGUGAGGUGGUGUUAGGGAGGGAGGUAUGAUGAUGAACAUGGAUAGGGGGUAAGAGAAAAGAUUUCCCUAUCUAGGGUUUACGGUAUGUCUAAGUGUUUGCUUGGCUGUACGUUGCUAUCUGAGGACAGUGAGAUACUGUGUUAAUGAAUCUGCUCGUCGUGUUGGUAUGGGGAUUAGACAUUGAUGCGUAGAUAUCAAGACUACCGUCUAGGCUGUAAUCUAGCUAGCUCUAUAUCACCUAAUACCUGACAAACUGUAAAGUCGUAGAUAGAAGGGAUAAAAGGCAGGCACCAACAGGCCUA